GUCCUGCGUUCGUGGUGCGACCGCGGCCGUCGCCGCACGCCUGUGCCCCGCCGCACGCCUGUGCCCCGCUGCCCGCCGGGCAGGCCCAGAGGAGGACCAUGACCUUGGACCCUCCCAGCAGAAACCUUCUGAUGCUACUGUUGGCCUUGGGCCUGACCCAGGGCAACGCUGUGAGGCCCUCUAGGGGCCCCCCGGUGACCUGCAUAUGUGAGAGCCCACAUUGCAGGGGGCCGACCUGCCAGGGGGCCUGGUGCACCGUAGUGCUGGUGCGGGAGGAAGGCACGCGCGCCCAGGAACACCGAGGCUGUGGGAACUUGCACGAAGAACUCUGCUGGGGACGCCCCACUGAGUUCGUCAACCACUACUGCUGCUACAGCUCCCUCUGCAACCAAAACGUGUCCCUGGCGCUGCCGGCCACCCCAACCCCGGAGCAGCCACAAGCAGAUGGCCAGCUGCCUCUGAUCCUGGGCCCAGUGCUAGCCUUGCUGGCCCUGGUGGCCCUGGGGGCCCUGGGCCUGUGGCACGUCCGGCGGAGGCAGAAGAAACGUCUGGGCCUGCGCAGCGAGCUGGGCGAAUCCGGACUCAUUCUGAAGGCAUCCGAGCAGGGGGAAAGCAUGUUGGGGGACCUUCUGAACAGCGACUGCACAACAGGCAGCGGCUCAGGACUCCCCUUCCUGGUGCAGAGGACGGUGGCACGGCAGGUCGCCCUGGUGGAGUGUGUGGGAAAGGGCCGCUAUGGCGAGGUGUGGCGAGGCCUGUGGCAUGGUGAGAGUGUGGCAGUCAAGAUAUUCUCCUCGAGGGAUGAACAGUCCUGGUUCCGGGAGACGGAGAUCUACAAUACAGUGUUGCUCAGACACGACAACAUCCUAGGCUUUAUUGCCUCGGACAUGACGUCCCGCAACUCAAGCACGCAGCUGUGGCUUAUCACGCACUACCACGAGCAUGGCUCGCUCUACGACUUCCUGCAGAGGCACACGUUGGAGCCCCAGCUGGCCCUAAGGCUAGCUGUGUCCGCCGCCUGCGGCCUGGCGCACCUGCACGUGGAGAUCUUCGGCACUCAGGGCAAACCAGCCAUCGCCCACCGCGACCUCAAGAGUCGCAACGUGCUGGUCAAGAGCAACCUGCAGUGUUGCAUCGCGGACCUGGGCCUGGCUGUGAUGCACUCACAGGGUAGCGAUUACCUGGACAUCGGCAACAACCCGCGAGUGGGCACCAAGCGGUACAUGGCCCCCGAGGUGCUGGAUGAGCAGAUCCGCACCGAUUGCUUCGAGUCCUACAAGUGGACGGACAUCUGGGCCUUUGGCCUGGUGCUGUGGGAGAUCACCCGGAGGACCAUUGUCAAUGGCAUUGUGGAGGACUAUAGGCCACCUUUCUAUGACAUGGUGCCCAACGACCCCAGCUUUGAGGACAUGAAGAAGGUGGUGUGCGUUGACCAGCAGACCCCCACCAUCCCCAACAGGCUGGCUGCAGACCCGGUCCUCUCUGGCCUGGCUCAGAUGAUCCGGGAGUGCUGGUACCCCAACCCCUGCGCCCGCCUCACUGCGCUGCGGAUCAAGAAGACACUACAGAAACUCAGCAACAGUCUUGAGAAGCCCAAAGCGAUUCUCUAGCCAUGGGCCUGACACCUGACUCCCCUUGGCCUGCGGUGUGUGUGGUGCGGGGUGGACGGUGGGGGUGGACCGUGGCCUAUCUGAGUAGAGGUAAUAUGUAUGUGCUGGAGAGGAGAGUGCCCCUCUAGGGGCAGCUGUGCCUGCCUAGCUCGGCCCCCAGCCUAUCCAGCCAAAAAUACAGCUGGGCUGAAACCCGAUCUCCCCACUGUCUGGCCUGCUCAGAGCAGCAGGCUCCCUGACGCCUGGCUCUGUCCCCACCACGGUGCCCUGGGUGCACCCCUACCACCCCAGGGCAGGAUACAAAGGAGGCCCCAGAGCCAAGAUGGCCAAGCCAGGGAAUCCCAGUCUCUUGGGCCGAGAGCCUGGUCCUGCACUUUACCCCCUGCCCCCGGCCAACCCCACUGCCCUCCCAGAGCUCCCACGGUGGCACAGGGCCGCCUCCAGCCUUCAGUAGGCACCCAGCCCUGCCAGGCCUUAGCCUCUGGCCCAGGCCCCACGCACCCAGGGCCCACGAGUUUCCCUCCGUGGGUUUGUAUCUCCACUCCACAACGCCUUGGGCGUCCGUCUCCUGCUCGCUGACUGCCAGCUGCCUGAGAGAGUUGGGGCCUGAUCCUGGGCCGUUCCUCCACCCCCUUCCCAGCUGACUUAUUGGAGCCUUAAAUCCAAGGAGUCCUGCUGUGGGUGUGGAAAGGUCAUAGGCCAUGGGAGAAGUGGCAGGUCAGAAGGGUUAGGCCCAGCACUCUCAGAAUAACUGAGGGGACACUGAAGCCCAGCCUGGCCAGGGAAGGGCUCAGCUGGGAGCCAGAGAACCAGGUUCUGGUCCUGGAUGCUUGCUAAGUGACGAAACUGAGGCCUUCACUGUCACAGGACCUGUUUCUUCAUCUACAUAUUGGAAGAGUUCCUCCUGAUGUCUUCUGAGGUUUUUUCAGCUCGACUGUUCUUUGAAAUGUCAGCCUGUUCAGAACUUGGUUCGCCAGUGCCUUCAACUCCUUAUGCCCCAGCCCCUGGCAAUUUGGCCCAAGAUGGGGAUUUGAAAAUAACUUUGUCUGAGGCCAGGAGUGCCUGAGACGCCACCUAGUCUAAUUCUACAGGCUCCGGUUCCUGCCAGUGGCCAUCCUUAGGCUCAAACAGCCCCUGGCCUCUUGGCAGACGAGCCAGCCCUCGCCCCUUCUGUGGCUCUGCCUUCUCCACUCAGGGCUGACAGGGGCUGAGGCAGGCUUCUUGCACGGCCUCCAAAGCUCAGAAGAAAUUUGGCUCCAGGCAGCAAUCUCCUAGCACCCAGGUUCCUGCUCCCCACUGCCCCCACCCCGGCCCCAGCCCACACCCUUGGCCAGGCCCCAGGGAGUGUAUGUCUAGAAAGUUUCUGUGUGGCAUCUGGAAGUCAAGGUGUGUGAAGAGCUGGGAGGUUACCCUGACCCCUGGGCAGAGGACGGGCUGGGGGGCAGUGGUUUGGAGGCAGAGCCUGACGGGUUGUGGGGAGUGGGGUUCAUGCUGGGGGCAAGGACAGCCCCAAGCUUGGAAAGACCUGGACUCACAGCCCUCAGCCCUUGAGGCAGGGUGGAGAAGGACCCUCCAUUCUUCACGGGAGACAAAGAAAACACAGUCCUCUCUUGUCCUCCUGUAACUGGCCCAGCACAGCCUCUGGCGGGCAGCUUGUUGGGUGUUUCUCCCACCAUCACCCCGGGCAGUUUCCCAGGCCUG